CGUCGCCAUCGGUGUUACGCCCCAGUCUAAUCCCCGGUGCGUCCCUUCUCCCUCCGAACUCAGUCGUCCCCUCACGCACUCGCCUUUCUCACACGACCGGCGAUCCUCGCUUGCACAACCUAGUUCAAAACCGAAAGCCAGCAGCCCGAGUGAGCCGGGCCGUGCGCUUCGCACACGUUUUUCGCACGCAACUCGCGCUCGCAGCUCUAAGCAGCUGAUCCUCGUCAUGGACUCCAGGAUAGUGCUAUUUUUUCUAAUUUCGGUCUUCUGUUUGGCUUUUGGUGAAGUUGAUAUUAUAACCGAACCACGGCCUGGUGAAGAAUAUGUUCUAGUAAGCUCGGGGCAGCAAACUCCCUUAAGGAAUUUUGAAACAUCACAUAAGAUACCUGAAAAACAUCCCAACCAUAGACUAACGAAACCAGAUGAAGGCGAAAAAAUAUUUAAAAAGUUACAUAGUGGAAAAACCAAAUAUCCGUCGGAGGGUAUUAUAUCAAUUGAAGAAGAUAAAAAAGCUUCCUUAAAAAAGAGCCAAAAAAUUAAAGCUACAGAAUCGAUAGAAGUCGACAUACCAUUUUCAAAGUUAGAAGAUAUUAAAAUAAAGGAAAAUAUCAAAGAACGCGAUAUAAACCCUAAAAUGGCAGUCGCUUUAGAGGCUAUGUCAGAAUCAGGAAAGUUGAGCAACAAUGAUGGUACAACUACUCAGAAACCAGUAUUGACAACUUCAGCACCGUCUCCCGCUAAAGCAUAUGACUAUAUUCCUAUUAAUUUUGAUACAAUUGACGACAUUAACAGCGGUUUACUUUCCUCUAAUGUUAAGUUGGAAACAGCUGGUUCUGAACAAAAACAACAUUCACGGAUUCAAGUGAAAAAGGGCCCAAAUGGCCAAGAUUAUGAAUAUGAAUAUAUUUAUUAUUAUUAUGACGAGGAUGAAGACAGUAAAAAGGAGAAUAAGGACAAAGCCCCAUCUGCAACUGAAGCAGCUGUCUCAAACUCUCACGAUGGUCCGCAAAAAGUUGAAACUGAAAAUCAGAUAGCAAAGGAAAACAAACCAAAGAGCAAGUAUAGUACUAUUGAUAGAUCAAGUGCAACGACAACCACAACGCCUGAAGUCCACAAUGAAGUUAAUCCGACACCAGCCAGAACUCGCUCUCGCGGUCGUAACAUUACACCCGCCCCAGUUGAAGAUGAAUCACGAGAAGAAAGGCUACCGUCGAGUACACGAUUUCCUCCUCGUGGUCGCAACUUCGCGACUGCGAGCUCUACAACAUACGUUCCUGAGGUAUCCUCCGAAACAAUAAGGCAUCGUGGUCGCUCACAGGUUGACAAUGUUGCCGAUGAGUCAAUUGGUCAAACUAGAAGUAGAACUCGAGCUCAUAUCAGGCGGCCCAGUUCUGAACUAGUAGACCUUGACAGUUUUAAAACUCAUUCAGGUGAUAUUCCUGCGCCUCAUAAAGAACAACCCACAAGAUAUUCAUCAGAAAGUAAAACUACGACUGAAACAUCAGAGGAUGUCUCUGAUACGAACGAACCCUCGCACACUAAAGAAUCACAAAGAGAAGGUCACAGUCUUAUAAGCGGAAUUAGAUUCCAAGAAAUACUAGACGAUUCUAAACUACCGUCAGAUUAUAAACAAACCACAACAUACGAACAGGAAACCACUGAAUACACUACCAUGACUGCCAUGGAAAAGGUCGCAUUAGACUUGUACGCUUAUUUGGCCGGCGAGAAUUUAAACAACGAAAUAAGCCCAGCGGGUGAUUUAAUGAACUUUGAUGCGUCAACUACUAUUGAUGAAGACGCUUGGACAACGGAAAUUGUCAGUACAACAGAAGAAGAGACCACGCCUGCAGCUACAACAACAACAACAACCACGACCACUACGACGACAACGACCACUACACCAGCUCCCACAACGACUACCACAGCUGCACCCACACGUCCUUCAAGAUUUAAAGGUCGUCCGGGAGCUAGAUCACGUGCUCCGAGUAGUGUAUCAACAAGUGCUGUGACAGAAGGGCCACAGGAAACAUCUACAAGAGCACGAGGUCGGUUCGGUAAACCCAACGGAAUCCGGAAAACAACAGCUGCCGCCGUUGUUGAAACUUCCACUUCUGCAGCACCAGUUGAAAAACCAGCACAACCAAAGCAGGCAUUCGGGCGCCGCGGUCUAUUUGCAGGCCGCACUCGACCGAGCACAACUCCUCCUCCAGUGCAAGACGCCGCCAGUGUUGCCAGUGAGUCGUCGGCACCAAGAGCGCGUCUUCGCCCUGGUCUGAGGCGAGUUGCUUCAUCGACUACCGCAUCAGCUUCGUCCGCUGAAGUAACAGAAACCACAGCUCCCGCUUCAAGCCAAAGCACGGCUUCUGGUGAAGUUGUAGAUACAACUCCAACUCCUUCUAGAACUAUUGGCCGUAAACCUGGUGUAAGGCCAGUUUCACUCCGACCUGGGCCUAAGCUUAACAUAAGACCUAAUCCCCGUUUGAGGCCUGGUUUAACAAGCGCAGCACCAACAGAGGCCGCAUCUGAAGCUCCUGCUGAGACUUCCGCACCAGAAGCUCCGGUUACUGAAGCUGAAAAUGAGAGUGCCUCGCCCUCGCCGGCUACCGAGCAACCUCGUGGCGUGUUGAAACUGCGCAACCGCUUACAAGUGUCACCAUCGCCAAAGCCCCGAGUUGCAGUUACCCCGCCGCCUCGUCGUCCUAACCCACUUUUAAAGAAGAGACUACCUUCCACUGAGGCUACCACGGAGGCGCCAAAGAAGUCAACAGAGACUACAGAGGAAUCCACUAGUGCAGAGAAGAGCGAGGCCGAGGCGGAAACGGAAGCACAGCCAACGGAGAGCACGCCAGCGCCACAACUGCGUGGCCUCGACGCACUAAUCGCCAGGAGGCGCGCAGCUGGUAUCGGCACUCGGCCAGUCCGUCCAGUACGAGGCGCUAGGUUCCACAACUAAUUUCUCGUCCAAAAUAACCAGCUAUUCUAUGACGGCGCUCACCGAGGAACUCAUGUGUAAAAUCUCAAUCGUCGUUUAUUCCGUUUGACGCCACCGCUAGUUACUUUUCCUUUGAAAACCUGAAAACAAAUUUCAUCUUACUCGUAGCUUGUUACUUUCCUUGAUUGGUCGUAAAUUUGUAUAUUUAAACGUUUCACAAAUUUUGCGGCUGGUAAAGCAAGUAACAAUAAAAAAACUGACUAGAUUAGGUCUUUAUGUAUCACCUUUGAUAAUACGAUGGAUAUUUAUAUUGUAAUAAAUAAAUAAUUAGCAGAUUUCUUAUACGAAGAAAGAUAAUGUAAACGACGAAAUCGUUUCUGGUAUGAUUCCUCGGUGACACAUUUAAAGCCUGUCGUUUAGUCAAAUUAUUCCCCUAACUGCCUAGAGAUUACUCUUACUUCUUUUUUUUUUCAGUAAUAGUUGUAUAAUUACGUAUAAUUAGAUGUAUAGUUUAUGAUGUUUAAAUUGUUUUAUAGUGUUUCGACACCUAAACGUUUAAUUAAGAACUUUCUUUCGAUAUCCUAAAAUAUUUGCAUUAUGUACAUAUUAGAAGUAAAUUUUAUUAUGAGUAGGUUUAUGUCCAAGGUUUGAUUUUCAAAGCAAGCCGCAUUUUGUCGUCUCAUAAACCAAAUUACUAACCAUCGAAAUCCAUUUCACGUGGACAUAUCCUAAUCGCCAAAGUAGGUAUCCAUAAGACUAGGGAUACAGUUUUCUUUAAGAAUGCCCUUCAAUUUAAUCCAUUUUAAAAAUGACAUUCUAUUUAACUUCUGCUAGUAUAUUUAAAUAGGUAUAUUAUUAAAGAAUUCAACAUACAACAACGAGCAGCGGUGCUACUUAAUUUGACCAGGUAUCUCGUAAAUGACUUAACUAAGAAAUAAAAUACAUUAAAUUAUAUUGGAAAUAUUAUCACUAAUAAUAAUCUUCAUACGAAAUAUUUUUAACCUUUGUAGGAAAUAUUAUUUCUUUAUUUAGCAAACUCUGUUAAAAAUGAUUGAUCUUGUUUAAUUAUAUGUAUACAUUGAUUUACUACAUAUGUAUACAUUGAUUUUAAGUAUUGUAGACAUGUAAAAUCAUUAUGUACGUAAUUAUAUUACAUAAUGAAUUAAAUAUCUAAGUGUGGAUUGUUAUAAAAUAAAUAUACGCAUAAUACUUAUAAUUAAUGAAUAUUACAAUUUGAUACACAACGGUAUAUAAUCAAUUGUCUUUAUUUAUUAUAUUAAGUGGUCAAAAUGUUAUAGGGCUUAAGUAAGAAAGUUGUUAAUAAAAUUCGUUCCGUCAACACUCAUCGAUUUGACUAGAAACGUCUGCUAAUGCACUGAUAGUUAGUGCCAUCGUGAUAUGUUUUGUAUCUGUCGUAAGUGUGAUAAUAAACUAAAUAUUAAGAUA